AUGGAAAAUUGGUCGGUUGAUCAAGUCUGCAACUGGUUGAGACAGAGAAAUUUAGGAGAACUAAUUCCUAAGUUUCGUGAAGAAGAAGUAAAUGGAGCAGCUCUUCUGGCUCUUAAUGAUCGUAUGGUGCAGCAGCUGGUAAAGAAGAUUGGGCACCAGGCAGUGCUGAUGGACCUGAUAAAUAAAUAUCAGCAACAAAAAAGUGGGCUAGAAUCCCUUACAUGCCGUUGUGAAACAGCUUCUCCAAAAUUUGCAGAAGUAAUCAGUGGAAAAAAUCUGAAAUCAUUUUUUGCAAGAUACAAGACGUUGCAGUGGACAAGUUCUUAUGCUUUGCCAGACUUCCCUUACGAUGUCAAGUGCAUAUUAGCAGAAAAAAAAUGCCCUGAUCACAGUAUGAGAAUAAGGAUUAUUGAAUUUUUGCAAGCAGACAUGACAAAAUACCUAGAAGGAUCACUGUAUCCAAACAGUCAGCAAUAUAACAUUGUUGUCAAUGCUCUACUGCAGGCAUACCCAUUCCUCGAUGAAGAUGGGAAUGGCUUUUUGCUAUGGAAACGGGCCCUUAAAGAUCGUUUCAAAUAUGUGCGGAGACCCAUUGAAGAUGAUGAGCAAGUCCUGAGGAACAAAUGCAAGUUUGGCCACAGGCGAGGACAGACCAGGAAAUCUUCAUUUGCUGAAAACAAACCUGAUGACGACCAGGUGCAGGUAGAG